GGCCAAUCGGGAUGAACGGAAGCAGGUCAGGUACUGGAAGAGGACCUGGGAGGCAAAAGGCAGGGCAGAGCAGCACGGCAAAGGUCUGAGGACAGAGAGGGACAUGUCCAAACCAUCGUCCAACGUCAAAGCCCUACAGGCUAAUUUGAACAUCCCGAUGGGGGCGCUGCGUCCGGGGGCGGGACAUCCUGUUCGGAAGAAAGAGGAGACAACAGACACAGCAGAAGAGCCUCCUCCACCCCCAGAAGAGCCCCAAGCCGAAGCCGAAGCUGAAACGACUGAGGAGAAGAAGGCGUUACCGGGGGCAGUGAAGCUCCCGGGUCCCGCUGUCGACCUGUCAGAGCUCCAGAACGUCAAGAACGAGCUCAGAUACGUCACCAAGGAGUAACCCACCUCUCCAGAGUCUCAGAGGAACCUAAACUUCACAGAAACGCACUGGAAACCCACUGAAGCAAAGCCCACUCCAGUCUGUGAACUGACCUCGGCUCAAACAACAAACACCUCUAGUAUCUACAGAAGAACUAUCAGCUAAAGACAUUCAAAUAUAUCACACAAGUACAGCGAAACCUUCUUCCACUUCUUUUUGUACAAUUUAUUGACAAAAUCACAUGUACGUAUUGGUUGGUUUCAGACAGCAAAUCCAGAUAUUGUCGAUACACUCAUUUUGUAGAUAAUUUGAGUGUUUCUCCUUCUAAAAAUAUAAAAUAGUAACUUUUCCAGGCAAUCUGAAAACAACCAAUAAACUAUAUAAGUACUGACACAUCUAUGAUACAGUUCUUUGUGUAAUAUGCUGCUCAAAGUCAAAAGGAAGGUCAACUUUUUAAGCGAAGGGAUUAUUUUUUGUGAUUAUUUUUGAGUUGAAAUAAAUGCAAUAAAUUAUUAUGGUUUUAAGAAA